AUGUUGGGGAUCAGUAAAAAGCCGGGUCCGCCGGUUCCACCACGGCCAAGUGCUGCUGCCGUGGCUACGGCUCUGGCGAAGCAGCGUGAAAAUUCGCCCUCUCCAAAUGGGCCGCGUAGUGCCGGUGGAAUGGGCACAUUGAAGCCACCUCAUCCUGGUCGAACGGUGGUGUAUAAAUCGCCUGAUUUCGAUCCACCAACACCAAGGAAUCGGUCCAAUUUGUCCACCUUUACACCGACGGAUUCCAAACGUAACGCCAUCUACCACGAGAGUCCUUCCCAAAGCCCAAAGGCGUUGGAACGCUCGACUGGGGUGAUGUACAGGUCUACCUGCAGCAUUGUGGAGAUCAACACGACUAGUCCGAGUACGUCUGAAUCGAGCUCGGUGUCUACAUCGCCGGUUGCCACUCUGCAGAAGCCACCGGUGGAUCAAAAAGGAUCGAAAGGAGUCUCGGAAUCGACUGCAGUAGGUCCAACACCGGUGGCCAGGAGACGACUGCGUGCUGUGGACAUUAACGCGUCUGAUGCACCGCAGGACGCUACUGACGUGAUCAUCAUCAACAACUCCGGGAAAGGAGGUACUACUGCCGGCAGUACUAUUAGUCUGCUAGCGGGUCUUUCUCUGGAAGAUGCCUCAGACAACCGAAAGGUCCUAACGAGCGACUGUGACAGUGGAACCGAACGUGGUGACAGUGCUGGGUCAUCGGGAUCUGCCGGUAGCACGCUUGAGCGGGAAAAUAACCUGCGGAAUCUCGAAGAUGUUACUCCGGCUAUGGGAAAUCACUUCACGGAAAUCAUCAUCGGUUCGAAUCAGACUAGCACGGUGGUUCGAAGUGGUAGUAAGUCGAAUUUGCUAGCUACUGGCACCAGUCCGGUGUUGAGAUCUAGCUCGAUUCGAUUGCCAAUAUCAACUCCACCACCGUACCGUCGGCCUGAGCCGGAAGGAGGUGAACAUGUCCUUCCUUCGAGUGAUCAUCGACGACCAGGUGCGAUCCCACCUGUGGCAGCAGUAGUUCCACCGUCAACUACCACAACGAGCCUCGCGAAGACACGACAGAUCGCAACUCUCGAUCCAGCGACGCUGGACUCGAAGCUGAGCGAGAAGAAGUUCGCCUUCCACGAGUUGCUCAUCUCGGAACUGACCGCGAUGCGUCAGAAGCAGCGUCAGGAGCAGCAGCAUGACGAAGGGCCGGAGAAGGCCGUGAAUGAAGGCGGGCAGGUUGCUAGCCAGGAGGAGGCCGUUGUUGUCGAUCUGGCGAAGGUGAACCGGCGCCAACGAUGUCCUUCGGAGAGGCGAUCGUCUGGCAGUGAGACGGAGACGUCCCCAAACGGGACGACAGGACGGUUGGCGAAGAUACGGACUGCCGAUUGGAUCGAAGUGGGCGAUAACGGCAAGCAGGUGGUGCUGUCCAGUUGUCAGAUCAGCCUGGAAGAUUCGGGCCUGGAGGAUGAGGAGAAGCUGGACGAUGCGUCGUCAGGAGUCGGCGAUUCGUGGGAUAGCGUGAAGGAGGACGUAGAAGACCGCAUUAUUAUGUCGCUCCCUGGAUUGCCCCCGUUGCCGAAGAGCCUGAGUGGCUUCGAUCUCGCCGGCACACCGUUCCAGUCACACCAUCAGCACCCACACCAUCAACACCAAUCGCAGCAUAAUCCGCAUUAUCCUCCACCCCAUCACCACCAUCACCAGCAGCAACAGCAACAUUCGCCACAUCCGGCCUCUCAUCACCAUCAGGUGCAACCGCAGUCCUUCCACGGGACGGCCGUUGGGUUGUCCUCGCACCCGUCCAGCCUACCGCCGUCCUCCCAGUCGCCCAUCGCGGCCGCCCUCAACCACCACCACACGAAUCCGUUCAUCCCGGUCGGAUCGGGGUUGCUGCAUGGCGACAACAUCGCGUCGCUCGAAAGUCAACAGCGGGGACACUCGCCCGUCGGCAGCACCCUCUCGGGGGGUAGUAGCGGUGGAAGGAAAGCAUCCCCUCAGCCACCCGGUUCUGGUCCGCAAUCGACGACGACGACCCUGGACACUCAGCUGGCGAUCCUGCGACGAGAAAUGUACGGUCUCCGGCAACUGGAUCUGUCGUUGCUGUCGCAGCUGUGGGCCCUGAAUGAAUCCAUCCAAGAGUUCCGCACGAUGCUGCAGGAGCAGGAAACGCUUUCACCGCCCUCACCAUCCCCGUCCAACUCGGACGCCAACUCCGUGUCCUCGGAUGACGAUCUCGACGAGGACGAUUCGUCCACUACUAACAACAGCAAUCGCAUCAACCAUCUCCAGCAGCAACAACAGCAACAGCAGCAUGCUUUCCUCCAGCAGCACCAGCAUCUUCUGCUUUCAGCUCACCAUCAGCUGCAGUCGUCGGCAAGCAGUAUCGCGGGAGCGGCCGGAGGUGGCAACCUAACGCCCGGUGGUGGAACAAAUGAUUCGGGAGGAUCCUCUUCGACGACACUUUCCUCGUCCGCAUCGUCCCGUAUGAGAGCUCCACCGCCGCCACCACCAAAUCGGAAGGCUCCCUCGCGGCCCGUCUAGAAGGACUCAUCUGGUGAAGGAGCGAGUGUGUGGGUCGUAUCCCUGGAGUUGAAUCGAAACUUCAACCUUAAAAAAAGUCAGUGAUCGUUGCCAAUUAGUCUCUGCCUUGGGGGAAGAUGGUGUGAAAUCGAACGUAAGCGAACAGGACCUGGAAAGAAGUAGGCUUAUGGAAUGGUCGUAGGGAUGAUGAUUUCACGGCGCACUGAAUCGGUGCCGGACCGGCGUGGUCUGCUCAUAGAGAUGCAUGGAAAUGUAAGGUUUGCACCGAAGCGUGCGAGCUCAAGCGAACGGCGGCAGGAAGACACUAGCGAUAGGCGAUCUAAAUACCAAAAGAGUCACGAUAAAAUUAUUCCUUAAGCGCAUGUAGACUAAACAUAGUACGACAGACAGGCAGAUGUGCGGAAAGAUGUGCGGCCGACUCUAGUAGGAGUGAGGUCGUGUUUGUCAAGCAAAGCUAGUGUAUUGCGAAGGGCAGAAGUAAAAUUUCACUCUCCAUCCAGUUUCUCACUUCAAUUUUGGCAUAUAUUCCGUUCAGUGCGUUGUUCGACGAUGUGGUGGGUACAUAAUGAAUACACGUACGUAAAGAACAUUUUAGGGGUUGAGCGAUCGGUGGAGUAGAAGAAGGAGCAGCAGGAGAGGAAAGAGAUGGCUAGGUCUAGCCCCCUUCCCCGGGGGCUGACGUAUGUGAAGUGUUACGAACAAAGAAAUUCUAUAGCAAACAGCAAGCAAACUCUUUGCUCUGUACAUACUAAUGUGCGACUAAAAUAAUGUUCCCAAACCUAGCGUUAAAUGAAAUGAUCAAAUAAA